CUGCAAGAAGGCCAUGAAGAGAGUGUCGAACAGAAGGAAGAAGGUCCAGAGAAUAAAGAAUUGCCUGUUAGGUCACCAGAUGAUCUCAAUGGAAGCGAACCUUCCAAAGAUCCCGCUCUCACCGAACAUGAGCGAGAGCAUCAUGAAGAACCAGCUGUGAUCGGCGACAUUAAUGAAGAGCAUGGAAAGAAGGAUGAAUUGGAAGAUGAUGCCAAACACAAGAAGAAUGAUAAAGAAGCCGAUCAUCAUCACAGCUCUAAAGAACGACGAAGAAGUUCUGAACGCAAGAGCGCCGGCGAUCAAGAGAACGCAGAAGAAGUGGUGAGCGUGAUGAUGACAGAAGGCAUCGUAGAAGCUCAAGGGAACGUAGAAGAAGCGAAGAACGGGAAAGUGACCGAAGCCGACGCAGGCGAUCAAAGGAGCGGAAGAGUGAAGAGCGCGAUGAGCGUCGCCAGAAGGAAAGCAAAACCAAAAGUCAUGCGGAAGAUAGCGCUUAGGGCUGCACUGCAAAGGAACUGUUUUGAAGCUGAUAUCAGCUUUUGUUAA